GCUAACCCAAAACGUGUGGCAUUGGUUUUGGUGCUCCCAACUGUGAUGUGUUUACAUUAAAAUUCCUUAACUGCAAUAUUGAUGAGUGACGACCGCUCUGUUGUUCGUUAUAAGUUUAGAGUCGUUUAGAGAAACAAAUCGUGCCUCAGUAGUUAGCAGUGGUUAAGUAUGGAAGUCGAAAGGACUAUAACGAGCCGUAAAAGUGAAUUAUCUAUUCAAGGGAUUAAAGAGCACAUCACAGAAAGGGCAAAUCAUCCUACGGCCAGUGGUACAUUGGUACUAUUCCUAAUUUUAAAUGCCGUAAUGCUAAUAGUGGGAUCUAUAAAGAAGGAUGACUGCCCAGCUGAACCGUUCAUUCCAAUUUAUCUUAUUGUUGCCGGUGCCGUUGGGGUUGUUUCCAAAUUAUUACCUUUUGCGAACCGCAAAUUAGACCUAAAAUGUCUUACGCUAGUGAUUUACAUCCUGUAUAUAUUCGAAUUUGUCUGGAUGGUGUUUGGUUCCUAUUGGGUGUUUAGUAAUUACAAACCAAUUUUUGACGAUAGUGGUGAUAGGAGUUGGUAUUGCAAUCGUACAGCAUACUAUCUCGCAUUUGGACUGCUAACUGUUAAUUGGAUUUUAUUAGGUAUUACAGUUAUGCUAAUCUGUUGUGCUUUUGUUGUAUCUAUAUUCUUAAGGGACAAAUAAAUGGAAUCGAGUUUUUGUA